AAUUACGUAGCGGUCACAGCGCUCCACCACGCCGGUAGCACGUGUCGCGUGGCCUCCAAGGCAAGCCCCGGGGCUGCUCGAAUCACCGGAGGGGAAGGGCGGCCGCGCCGGCAAUCUCUUGAGCCUUCUCGAUCACCCCCUCACUCACUCACACCUCACCCCAACCUGGCGUCCCGCUCUCUCGUGCCACGGGUGUGAUAAUCACGUUUGAUUCGAUGACGUCGCCACCCCCACACCACGAUAAUUGCCCAAGGUGUCUCCUCCCUCUGGCGCGAUGCCCGUCAGGCAUAUUUAAGAAAGUCGGCCCGGCCCGCCGACAGCAUACCGCCUCUGUUCUUCGACCCGCGUGCACUGCAAACUGGCUCCUUUCACCUGGACGCCGUUUCCCCCGAGACUCUGUGCGUUGUUUCUUCUGCACCGACUGCACUGCUCUGCCUUGCGCCUUAAGUGACGCCUUCGAGAGUGCACCGGGCUUCCAAGAUCCGCUGUUGUUCGAUAUCUUGGCGAGCGGAAGCUGUGACGUGACAGCAACAAGUUGGCAGAAUGAUCGACAUCACAAUGGACAGAUUGCACGACAAUGGCAUGUUUGCGAUCCAGUCGUUACAAACAAGGUUUCAACACCAGCACGGGUUUUUCUUCGCCAUCUCCAACUUUGGGGACCCUCGCUAUGCUUUCCUCAUCUUCGCGCCUCUCAUCUACUCCCUGGACUGGACUGUGGGCCGACGGCUGAUGUGGGUCACGAUCAUCGCAGAAUGGUCUAAUCAAGUGCUUAAAUGGAUGCUCCACGGAGAGCGGCCGUACUGGUGGGUGCACGAGACGGACGUGUACAACAGGACAGGUGCUGGCACUCCUGCCAUCAAGCAGUACUCUCUCACGUGCGAGACAGGCCCCGGCAGUCCGUCCGGUCACGCCAUGGUGUCCGCCGCUAUUUGGUACAUCAUCAUCGACUUCCUGCUGCGUCGCACCGGCGCCUUCGAGCAGCUGAGCAAGACCAUGGUCUCGUCCUUCCACUGGGGCACCUACACCGUGUUGCUGUGCGUUGUCAGCCUGUCCCGAAUCUACAUAGCGGCCCACUUCCCUCACCAGUGCCUCAUGGGCAUGAUAAUCGGUUGCUGCUUGGCCAAGCUGAUGUGCAAGAUGGACACGGACAACGUAACGCGCCGGCAGUAUGUGUUCAUGUCCCUGGCCCUGUGCGCCAGUGCUAUGUCCACCUACGGCGUCCUCCGCCUGAUGGGUGUCGACCCCCUCUGGUCCGUCGACCGUGCCGUCAAGUGGUGCGCCAAGCAAGAGUACAUCCACGUGGACACCACGCCCUUCUUCAGCAUGAUGCGCUACUGCGCCUUCCCUCUCGGCAUGGGCCUGGCCAUGACCUCCGGCUUGUACAAGAAAGUUAUGGCCGUCGACUUCUCUUGGAAGAUGCGCGUCGUGGCUGCCGUUCUCGCCGUCAGUGCAGGCAAGGCCUCCGAGUGGGUGGCUCUUCCGAAGACCAACGUGCCUGUCUUCUACGCGUCGGCGUUCAUCUUCAACGCCCUCCUGGCGGCCACGAUGUUCGGAGUCGUGCCCUGCAUGGUCGCGUCUUUAUCGGGGCGUCUCGGGAAAGUUAAAUCCAACUAAGCCGGUUCCACGGGUGCUGGCGUAGUCAUUCCUAACAAAUUGUCUCUAGGCGCCUUAACAAAUUGCUGUACAUAUGUUCCUAUGUAAGAUAUGCUGUUUCAUUGUACAUACCUGUACAGAUCUGACGCCUGUUGCGUUGCUGCAGGCUGAUUGGCGUACUUUAGGGUCUAGAAUCCGCCGAGCGUUUUCGUUUCAUUUUGUAAAUAGUCUCUUAAGUUACUAGUUUUCAUUCAUCAGAUCCUCCUUUUCAUCACGAACAUCUUAUAAUAAAUGGUGAAGUCACGUUCUUA